UAUUACAAGUUUUACUAAAUAGUAAUUAUAAAUAUUCAAAAAAUCAAUAUUUAAAUAUUAUUAUUUAUAUUAGAAAUAAUAAUAAUAAUAAUGAAGUUUGUAUUAGUAUUUUUGACCUUAAUUGUCGGUGUCUUUACCAACGAGUGGCGGCUACAUAACAACUGUCCAUUUACCGUAUGGCCCGGUAUUUUGGGAAACCCAGGCAAAGGUAAUCCUGAGGGAGGCGGGUUUGCAUUGGACCAGGGUCAGACACACACUUACCAGACAGCUAAUGAUUGGGCCGGUAGAGUAUGGGGUCGUACCAACUGUAAUGGUGACGGACAUUGUGAAACUGGUGAUUGCGGUAACAAAAUCCAAUGUCAAGGCGCUGGAGGCGUACCUCCCGCUACAUUGGCUGAGUUCACAUUGAACGGCAAUGGAGGUCAAGACUUUUAUGACGUCAGUCUUGUAGACGGUUAUAAUCUUCCCCUAAGAAUCAGUCCGAUUGAUGGUACCUAUAGUAAGACAGAUGGCGGCAAAUAUGACUGCAAUGUUGCCGGUUGUACAUCAGAUCUGAACGCCCAGUGCCCGGGAGAGUUGGCUGUGAAAAACAGUGGCGGUGCGACUAUAGCUUGUAUGAGUGCCUGUACUAAAUUCAAUACAGACGAGUAUUGUUGUCGUGGAUCACACAACACAGCCCCGACAUGCAAAAGCUCAGACUGGCCUACGAACUACCCGUCCAUGUUUAAGGGUGCCUGUCCUGAUGCCUACUCCUAUGCUUACGAUGAUACCAACAGUCUAUCCCAUUGUAAGGGAAAUCCUCAGACUGGAUAUGAAAUUACUUUCUGUCCUUAAAUUUUAUUUUAUUUUUUCCCUGAUCUAUGUUUAACUGAUCUAACUUUGCUUUUAUAAA